GCAAAUUAAAGUGAAGAAGAAAGUGAUAAAAAAAAAAAAAAAAAAGAGAGAUGUGUUACAAGGUGGAAUGCAAAGGGUGCGGGAAAACAGGGUGGGGAGGCUGUGGGAAACACCUCGUCCCGCUCUACAACGGCAUCCAAAAGGGCAGCCACUGCCUCUGCCGCGCUUGGCCCGGCGUCGCCGCCGUCGCUCCAGUUCCCAGCUCCGCUUCGCUUGAACAGCCGGCUAACGCCGACCAGAAAGAUGCCCACCAGCCGCCGCCGCCGCCCGCGGCGAGCUCGGCCGCUACGGCCUCCGCAGGUUCAGCUGGAUCAAAUGGUAAAAUAGCUUAGAAGAGAGAAGUUGUCGAUUUGUGUGAUAGUGGACGCUUCUCAUAUACUACGACGAUGAUCAAUUAGUGUUGAUUGUUGGAACUUGGAAGAACAAAGAACAAGUGAUGGAUGAAAUAAAGGAUAUGGGGAAAUUUGUGGUCAAUUAGGAAUUGAUCAACCUAUUAAUUUCCUC